UGAAGCACUAUGACCUCAGGUACGCCGCAAAACUCCAACAACGAGUCACUUCUGCUUCUCGGACCACUGCGCUUUACAUUCCCAGCUGCACAUCCAAGCAGGGAUUAACUUUUGCAGGUUUUCUUUCCUUUGCAUUUUUUCCAGCUCUACCGGGAUGCAUUUAUACUUCAACUGUGGGUGAAGCGCGUGCCUACACCCGCUUUAUUUAUCAGGAAGAGUUUGUAAGAAAAGUGUCCGGGCUUUUCAAGAUCAGACUGAAACAUCCAGAUUGCUGCGUGCUGUAAAUAGCAAAGAUGUCUGAUUCAGCGUCCAGUUUUCUGCAUGUAGGGGAUAUUGUCUCCCUGUAUGCAGAAGGAACUGUCAAUGGUUUUAUAAGCACACUGGGGCUGGUGGAUGACCGUUGUGUUGUGGAGCCAGCAGGUGGAGAUCUAGACAACCCUCCCAAAAAAUUCCGAGACUGCCUCUUUAAGGUUUAUCCCAUGAACCGAUAUUCUGCCCAGAAGCAGUUCUGGAAGGCUAAACAGGCAAAGCAUGAGAAGGAUAAGAUUGGAGACAUGGUGCUUCUUCAGAAAUUGCAACAUGCAGCUAAUUUGGAACAAAAGCAGAAUGAAACUGAGAACAAAAAGGUCCAUGGGGAUGUGGUAAAAUAUGGCAGUGUCAUUCAGCUCCUGCACAUGAAGAGCAACAAGUAUUUGACAGUGAAUAAGCGUCUCCCAGCGUUGCUGGAGAAGAACGCAAUGCGUGUCACUCUUGAUGGGACGGGGAAUGAGGGAUCCUGGCUUUUCAUCCAACCUUUCUGGAAGCUCAGAGCCAAUGGAGACAAUGUGGUAGUUGGAGAUAAGGUGAUCCUGAAUCCUGUGAAUGCUGGACAGCCUCUCCAUGCCAGUAGUUAUGAGCUUCCCGAUCACCCAGGGUGCAAAGAGAUCAAUUCAGUCAACAGCAACACCAGCUGGAAGAUCAGUCUGUUUAUGAUGUUCAGUGACCACAAAGAUGAAGUCCUUAAGGGAGGAGACGUGGUGAGGCUCUUCCACGCAGAACAGGAGAAGUUUCUGACCUGUGAUGAGUACAAGUAUGCCGUUAAACUGCUGGAGGAUGUGGUUUUCUUUGUCGUCGAUCAGUUUAACAAUGGCCAGCCAGCCCUGGAGGUGAUGAUGAACAAGCCCAACCGAGAAAGACAGAAACUUAUGAGAGAGCAGAACAUUCUCAAACAGAUAUUUGGGAUCAUUAAAGCCCCAUUUAAACAGAGGGGCACUGAGCCGCCUCUACUAACGUUAGAUGAGCUGUCUGACCAGAAAUACGCCCCCUAUCAAUACAUGCUCAGACUGUGCUACAGGGUGCUGCGUCAUUCACAAGAAGACUACCGAAAGAAUCAGGAGCACAUAGCCAAGCAGUUUGGAAUGAUGCAGUCUCAGAUCGGCUAUGAUAUUUUGGCUGAGGACACCAUCACAGCCCUGCUACACAACAACCGCAAACUGCUGGAGAAACAUAUCACUAAAACCGAGGUGGAGACUUUCGUCAGUCUGGUUCGUAAGAACAGGGAGCCCAGGUUUCUUGACUAUCUAUCAGACUUGUGUGUGUCCAAUAAUGUUGCGAUCCCAGUAACUCAAGAGCUGAUAUGUAAAUGUGUGCUGGAUGCCAAAAACCAGGAUAUUCUCAUGAAAACGGAGCGGCGAGCCGCUAAGGACACACAGCACACCUCUGAGUAUAUGGAAGAGUUUGGAGAGGAGGAUGAAGUUUGGCUGAUUUGGUCUGAGAAGGAGAACGAGACCCAUGAGAAGAGCAUUCGACAGCUUGCCCAAGAGGCCCGGCAAGGGAAUGUGCAUGACGAAAAUGUGCUGACAUAUUACAGGUACCAGCUCAAACUGUUUGCACGAAUGUGUUUUGAUCGCCAGUAUCUGGCCAUAGAUGAGAUCUCAAAGCAACUGGAUGUGGAGCUGAUUUCCCUCUGCAUGAUGGAUGAGGCUCUUCCCUUUGACCUGCGGGCGUCUUUCUGUAGACUCAUGCUACAUGCACAUGUUGACCGAGACCCUCAGGAGCUUGUGACACCCAUCAAGUUUGCUCGCUUGUGGGCUGAGAUGCCCACUUCUAUCAGCAUCAAAGAUUAUGACUCUCACUUGGACUAUUCACGAGACAAUAAAAAGAACAAGUUUGCCAAUACAAUGGCUUUUAUGGAGGAGUACCUCAACAAUGUUCUCAUUGAUGACCUACCUUUUGCCAAUGAGGAGAAAAACAAGCUAACAUAUGAGGUGGUGAGCUUGGCAAGACAUCUCAUCUACUUUGGGUUCUACAGUUUUUUUGAGCUUCUGAGGCUGACUCGCACUCUCCUGGGAAUCGUAGACUGCACUCCGAGUAAUGCUACAAUCAACCCGAUGUUUAGCGAUGAUGGCAGUGGUAAGAACGUCAGGCGCUCUAUUCAUGGCAUGGGGCAGAUGAUGUCCACCAUGGUGCUAAACAGGAAGCCAUCCCUUUUCUCGGGCUCUGGUCGCCCUGGUGCUCUAGACAGCCAGGCCGGCAGUAAAGAUAGCAUUGACACACAGGACAUCACCGUCAUGGACACCAAACUGAAGAUCCUGGAGAUAUUACAGUUCAUCCUCAGUGUACGUCUGGACUAUCGGCUUUCCUUCCUGCUCUCUGUCUUCAAGAAGGAGUUUGUGGAUGUCUAUCCUAUGGGUGAUGCAGAUGCAACACAUCAUACGGAGCAGGAGGCUUCCAUCAACCUCCAGCACAUUGGGGAACAGGCUGAGGCCAUGUUUGGAAUUGGUAAAGGAAACAGUAUUCUGGAAGUGGACGAUGAAGGGGGACGAAUGUUUCUGCGUGUUCUGGUCCACCUCAUCAUGCACGAUUACCCCCCUUUGGUUUCGGGGGCCUUGCAGUUGCUCUUCAAGCACUUCAGUCAAAGAGAGGAAGUCCUCCACACCUUUAAACAGGUCCAGCUUCUCAUUUCAGUUCAGGAUGUGGACAACUACAAGCACAUAAAACGAGAUCUGGAUCUUCUGCGCACCAUGGUGGAGAAGUCUGAGCUUUGGGUCAUUAAAAAAAGUAGCUCUGGGGGAGAUGGGAAGAAAGACAAGAAAGACAAAAAAGAGGCUGCCCCGGCAUCUCCAGAGGAGGAGUCAGAUACAAAGAAACAGAAGGUUGAAAAGAGCAAUGAAAGCUACCAGAAUGUCAAAGAGAUUCUAGAGCGUUUGAAUAAAAUGUGCAGCUCAGGUGUAUUUAAGAAACAACAAAGGCUAUUGAAGAACAUGGGUGCCCACAAAGUAAUGCUUGACCUGUUGCAGAUCUCCUAUGAUCGGAAUGACACCAAAAUGCAUGAGAUCAUCAAGUACACGCACCUGUUCCUACAGAGGUUCUGCACUGGGAAUCUGGAGAAUCAAAACCUCCUCCAUAAACACCUCAACCUCUUUCUCACCCCUGGGCUCCUAGAGGCAGAAACAAUGCAGCACAUUUUCAGUAAUAAUUACCAGCUCUGUUCUGAGAUCAGCGAGUCUGUGCUGCAUCAUUUUAUCCAUUGUCUGGCCACACAUGGCCGCCACAUUCAGUACCUCAACUUUCUGCACACCAUCAUUAAGGCCGAGGGGAAAUAUGUCAAGAAAUGUCAAGACAUGAUCAUGACAGAGCUUACAAGUGCGGGUGAUGAUGUGGUCGUCUUCUACAAUGAUGACACAUCAUUUGACACCAUGGUGGAACUGAUGACACAGUCUAGGGAAGGGGUGAAGGACGACAGCCCUCUCCGGUACCAUAUUUCUCUGGUAGAGCUGCUGGCUGCAUGUGCGGAGGGCAAAAACGUCUACACUGAGAUCAAGUGCACAUCUCUGCUGCCCCUGGAGGACAUGGUGAAAGUAAUCACACAUGAAGACUGCAUCACAGAGGUGAAAAUUGCAUAUGUAAACUUUGUGAACCACUGCUAUGUAGACACAGAAGUGGAGAUGAAAGAGAUCUACACCAGUAACCACAUCUGGAAGCUGUUUGACAACUUCACUGUAGAUAUGGCUAGGGUGUGCUCCAACCGUGAGAAGCGCAUGUCAGACCCUGUGCUGGAGAAGUAUGUGAUUCAAGUGGUUUUAGACACUAUAAAUGCCUUCUUCAGCUCUCCCUUCUCAGAGAACAGCACAAGCACAGAGGCUCAUCACACCAUUGUAAAGCAGCUGCUACAGUCUACUAUGCGUCUGUUAGAUUGUCCCUGGCUACAGCCACAACAAAAAGUCCAAGUAGAUUCCUGCAUCAGAACUCUGGCAGUGACAACAAAGAGUCGCUCCAUCCCUCUGCCGCUAGAGUUGGAGAAUCACGUUAAUAUAAUGUUAAGUCACAGUAAUGCCCUCACACUGUCCCGCUCCAGUCACAGCAACAAAAGCCUGUCACGCCUCACACGGGCUGCUGCUCCCACCAACCCCUGGGACUACAAAAACAUAAUUGAGAAACUACAGGAUAUCAUUAACACACUGGAGGAUCAUGUGAUGCCGUUGGUUAAUGCAGAGCUGUCAGUGCUCGUGGAUGUGCUGCACCAGCCUGAGCUGUUGUUCUUGGAAGGCACAGAUGCUCGAUCACGCUGUGAAUCAGGAGGCUUCAUAUCUAAAUUGAUCCAGCACACAAAAGCCCUCAUGAAUUCAGAUGAGAAGCUCUGUAUCAAAGUCCUCAGAACUCUACAGGAAAUGCUCAUUCGUGAGCUGGACUUUGAUGAGAAGGGCUUUGCCUUAAGAAAGGUGUUGCUCCAGAACUACCUCUACAACAACAAAAAGAACAUAAAAGCAGAGCUUGUUGAUCAUGGAGGAGGUGGAGAGGGAGAAAGAGACUGGCUGGCAGUGGCAGCAUCACAGUGUCGUCUGGACAAAGAAGGUGGCACCAAACUCUUCAUAGACCUCAUAACCAGCUCUAAGAAUGAGAAGAUCUUUCAGGAGAGCAUUCAGUUCGCCAUCUGUCUGCUGGAAGGAGGCAACACAGAGAUCCAGAACUCCUUCUACAAACUCAUGAUGGGAGACAACAAGUCGGAGAAGUUUUUUAAAGUACUAAAUGACCGCAUGAAGAACGCUCAGCUGGACAUCAAAUCCACAAUCUCUGUCAAUGUGGGGGAAAUGAGCAAUAAAGCCAAAGACGACAAAGAUCUUGACACAGGUGCAGGGCCUUCCUUUGGCCAACCUGAGCAGCCACCUCAACCUGAGCAGCAGGAAGUAGAUACAGAAAUGGGCCCCUCUGUCACCAUCAUGAAACCUAUUCUGCGCUUUUUACAGCUGCUCUGUGAGAACCACAAUCACGAUCUUCAGAAUUUUCUUCGCUGUCAGAGCAAUAAAGCAAAUUAUAACUUGGUUUGUGAGACACUCCAAUUUCUGGACAUCAUGUGCGGCAGCACAACAGGAGGGCUGGGUCUGCUGGGCCUUUACAUCAAUGAGAACAAUGUGGAGCUGAUCACACAGACCCUGGAGACCCUCACAGAGUACUGCCAAGGACCAUGCCACGAGAACCAGACAUGCAUUGUCUCUCAUGAGUGCAACGGUAUUGACAUAAUCACAGCCUUGAUUCUGAAUGACAUCAGUCCUCUCUGUCGUUACCGUAUGGAGCUGGUGCUGCAGCUCAAGGACAAUGCCUCUAAGCUCUUGCUCGCUUUGAUGGAGAGUCGUCAUGACAGUGAGAAUGCAGAGAGGAUCCUGUUUAACCUUCGACCCCGGGAACUGGUGGAGGUGAUAAAAAAGGCUUACCAGCAAGAGGCUGAAAAUGAGGAGGGAGAAGUUUCACCACUUGAAGUUGGACACAACAUCUACAUCCUGGGAUUACAGCUUGCCCGGCACAACAAAAUGCUCCUCACACUGCUUAAACCACAGAAGAAGACAAAAGAGAAAGGAGAGGAAAGCAUCUCUUCUAUGCUCAACUUGAACAAGCAGCAGGAGGAGCAACAGGAGGAUCCAUUAGAGUACUAUGACCGUCAAACAGCUCAGAUUGAGAUUGUGCGGGAGGACCGUAGCAUGGAGCAGAUUGUGUUUCCUGUUCACCCCAUCUGUGAGUUCCUUACGGAGGAGUCAAAGGUCCGUGUGUUUGCCACCACAGAGCAGGACGAGCAGGGCAGCAAGGUUACACACUUCUUCGAGCAGACCUCUUUCCUGCACAAUGAAAUGGAAUGGCAGAAAAAACUUCGAAGCAUGCCAGUGCUGUACUGGUUCUCUCGUCGAAUGUCUCUCUGGGGCACCAUAUCAUUCAAUCUGGCUGUGUUCGUCAAUCUUAUCAUCGCUUUGUUCUACCCACAUGACUCUGGUCAUUCUGGUAGCAUCGAUGCUUCGUUGUUGCUUAUGCUGUUCUGGUGUUUCGCUGGACUGGCUGUUUUGGGCCUGUUAUCAAAGCGCUAUGGGUUCCAGUCCCUCACUGUCGCCAUCACCCUGCGCUGCAUCUAUCACUUCGGCAUUGGGCCAUCUCUCAUCCUGCUAGGGGCUCUCAAUCUGAUCAAUAAGAUAGUGUUCGUGGUGAGCUUUGUGGGGAACAACGGCACCUUCAUCAUGGGCUACAAAGCCAUGGUGAUGGAUGUGGAGUUCCUGUACCACUUGGCCUAUGUGCUAACCAGCACGCUGGGGCUUUUUGUUCAUGAGCUCUUCUACAGCAUAUUGCUGUUUGAUCUGAUCUACCGUGAGGAGACGCUCUUUAAUGUCAUCAAGAGUGUGACACGUAACGGCCGCUCUAUUCUCCUCACUGCUGUCUUGGCCAUCAUCCUGGUCUACCUGUUCUCCAUCGUGGGCUUUCUUUUCCUCAGGAAUGACUUCAUCAUGGAAGUCGACCGGCUUGCUAGCGUAGAUACAGCAGGUACAGAUAACUCUAUGAGCAGCUGCAGUGCAGAUGGAGUGGAGUGCACAGAGGAAACUGGGUUGGUUGCACCAUCAGAGGAAGAAGAGGACAACACAGAGAGAGCAUGUGACACUCUUCUAAUGUGCAUCGUUACGGUGCUGAAUCAUGGGCUGAGGAACGGAGGAGGUGUGGGAGAUGUCCUGCGCAGACCCUCUAAAAAUGAGCCUUUGUUCCCUGGUCGUGUGGUGUACGACCUUCUCUUCUACUUCAUAGUCAUCAUCAUUGUUCUCAACUUGAUUUUUGGUGUGAUUAUUGACACCUUUGCUGACCUGCGUAGUGAAAAACAAAAGAAAGAGGAGAUACUGAAGACCACCUGUUUCAUUUGUGGUCUUGAGAGAGACAAGUUUGAUAAUAAGACUGUGUCCUUUGAGGAACACAUUAAAUUUGAGCAUAACAUCUGGCACUACCUCUAUUUCAUUGUGCUGGUACGGGAGAAAAACAAGACAGAUUACACUGGCCCAGAGAGCUACGUGGCCCUUAUGAUAAAGAAUAAGAACCUGGAUUGGUUCCCACGCAUGCAGGCCAUGUCUCUGGUUGUAACUGAGGGAGAUGGAGAACAGAAUGAGAUGAGGAACCUGCAGGAUCGUCUCACCUCCACCAUGAAAGUGGUCACGCAACUCACAAGCCAGUUGUCAGAGCUGAAAGAACAGAUGACCGAGCAGAGGAAAAGAAGGCAGAGGAUGGGUUUUGUGGAUGUUCAGUCUGGCUCAAACCCUGGGAUGCCUCCGCCUCCUAGUGCUGCUGGAGGAAAUCUUCAGGCCUUCAAGCCCUAAUUUCUCCAAAUAACCUUGCAUUGACUUUGUAGAAGCAAUAAUGUAAUCCUGUGAUGCUGGUGUACUUUCCCGCUGUGGAAAAGUUGUUCAACGGAUAGACGGAUUGGAUCUACACUCACAAAAGCACUACUGACUAAAUAGUCAUUCUUUGAGUGGCCUUUGAUUUCCUGCAUGGUUUUAGUAUUCACAAAUUGUAUAUAUUUAUAGUAUGUAACAUUUUUAUUUCAUUAUUAAUUUUUUUAAAAGGCAGCUUUUGGUUAAGAUAUUUGAAGGCUUGAUGCCCUGACUUGAUAUGAUUGUGAGAUGAUUUAGGAAACAUGAUGGGGAAUAUCAUGACCAAUCUUCUUAUGAUGAACUAGGAAAUGCUAAUGUCACUAUAGUUGAAUCUGGGGAGUAUAAAUGGCAUAAUGUAUAGAAGUGUGUUUAAAGUUCAUAUAGCUUUAAUUUAAAAGUCAAAGUGCCUAAAAAUGACUCAUAACUUUAGAACAUAACUUUUGCUCAGGAAAAUGAAACGUUCCUUAUUUAUCUUAUCUAUCAUAAAAGAACGCAGUUUAAAGUGAGGACAUGCUGAUCGUGGUUUUAAUAGACAUAAUGCAUGGCUAUUUAUGUAUGUGUCUAUUGAAUUAUUUAUUGUGCGACCAGGGCUAAUACUGUUGAUAUCAAAUAAAUAAUCAUCGAUUUAUUGCUAUUUAUUGCUGAUAUGUUGAAAUGAAGCGCCUCACCAGCUUUGCACAAAAUAAAUAAAACAUUUGA